AUGGCGGUUCAGAAAAGGGUUUUGUCGAUUUUCUUAAUUCAGCUAGUACUUCUCGCUGUUUCAGGCCUGAACCGGGUCGAUGGAGCCGGUUUGCGAACCGGUUACUACGAUGAGAGCUGCCCUGAUGCAGAGACCAGAGCUCUUAAGACUAUUCGCAAGGCCAUCUCCAAGGACGUGACCGUUGCAGCCGCAUUGCUCAGGCUCCAUUUCCAUGACUGCUUCGUUCGAGGGUGCGAGGCAUCAGUGCUUUUGAAUGCAACAAAGGAAGGUGGCGCCGAGAAAGAUGGAUUUCUGAACUUGAGCUUGAGAGGGUUCGACGUGAUCGAUGAUGUGAAGUCUGCGAUUGAGAAGAGUUGUCCUGGUGUGGUUUCCUGUGCCGAUAUAUUGGCCCUGGCUGCUCGUGAUGCGGUUCAACUGACCGGUGGAUUAUUUUGGAAAGUUGAAACCGGACGUAGAGAUGGAAGAAUCUCACUCAGCAAGGAAAUAGACGCAAAUUUGCCAUUCUCAAAUUUCAACAUAACUCAACUGAAGCAAAACUUCGCAUCGAAGGGUCUAACUAAGAAAGACUUGAAACGAUCUUUCUUUAUCCUAUCGCUUUUAGGAGCGCACACCAUUGGUUCUGCAAGUUGUUUGACGAUCAAUACUAGACUAUACAACUUCACGGGGAGAAGCGAUACCGAUCCGGCCCUGGAUCCAACCUUUGCCUCCGAACUGAAGAAGAAAUGCAAGCCUGGUGGCAUCCUCCCAGUUUUCGAGCUGGACCAAGGAAGUUCCACGAUUUCUGAUGCACAUUUCUACAAAGCUGUGAGGCAGAACAGAGGUCUCCUUAUCUCUGAUGCAGCACUUCUUGAUGAUCAUGCAACUCGAGCUUAUGUCAAACGCCAGUCCACCUCUGCUGCUGGGGCAACUUUUGGUAGGGAUUUUGGUAAAUCAAUGGAGAAGAUGGGUAGGAUUGGUGUCCUCACAGGAAGCGAAGGGGAGAUUAGGCAACGUUGUGCCUUGGUGAACUGA